AUGAUAAAAACAUCAAAAUUCCUUAAAACGAUUUUCAUAUUGCAAUACCUAUGUGGAUUUUACACCGAUUUUUUUAAAAGAAGAAAGUGGAACAUUCUUUUUCGGAUUUUAUUGUCAAUUUCGAUUGUUAAUAUUUUAUAUGGAACUCUAAGCAUGCAACGGCAAAAUAAUGUUGUUUUGUUUUCAAUAAUUGCCUUGUUUAAUCUUUUUGAUUAUACUCUAGCUGUAAUAUUGUCCUUUGUUGGUGGUAAUGUACUACAUUAUUGUCAUAGAAAACUGCUUAAGUUAGACGGUCAAAUGAGAUGGCGUAAAAUCAAUCUAUCAAUGUCGUUAACUAUUUCUAUGUUUUUGAUACUUUUUUUUGAGAAAUCCUAUAUUGCAUGGGGUUAUUAUGGAAGUAUUAAAGAGCGUUUCGCAUUGGAUUAUAAUUGGAAAGAUCUAGUAGGUUUUAUUUUAUGGUGUUUGGUUAAAUUCGGACUUCUUUUUAAUGAUUUCAUUCGGAGUUUAACUUUUGAAUGGAUCUGGAUCUACAUGAGAACGUUGAGGAAGACAUUCCAAGAUACAACAUUUAAGAGAAAAAAACUUGUAUCAAAUUUGCAAACGGAUGAUAUUGAAAGAGUUAUUUUUGGCUACAUUGGUACUUUGGAAAGUCUUAAUUCUAUGGGAUUAACAUUUAAGAUUUUGAUAUUUUGGAACGUUUCCUUCGCAUUUAUCUUUACACUGAUAGCCACUGUUGCAAUAAUCUACACACCUGUAAGAGAGCUAAGUUUAUUCAUGACGGCUGAAGCUCUGUACCACAUAAUCAUUUUCCUCUACCCUUGUGUUUUGAUAGAGCUUACAAGAAGUGAAGUGGACAAAAUGAAGCUGUUAUUAACAGAAAUAUACACACUAAGCUCAGAUGACAAGAUACUGACCAAAGCCGAAGAUGCCUUACUGCUACUUGAAGUGCGUCCAUUUCAAUUAGUCGUGUUUCGCCUCAUCUCUAUGAAUAUUCACCUGCCGUUACAUUUCUUAGCUGUCAUGACAUCUUAUGUUAUAGUUACUGUACAAUUUACUCAUGCGUUUGGAUAAUUAUUAUACUUAUUACACUAUGUGCCCAAUUUCUAUUUUAUAUAUAUUUUAAAGUGACAAAAUUAGUGUAUACCUUUUUAUUUUUUUAUCAGUAAUAACAUCUUUGUUUUAAUCCAUAUCUUACUGAAUUAAAACUUUGGAAAUAAUUUACACGAUGUCUUUGACAUACGUGGCAUAGGGCCAUGUGUUCAGUUUAAUUCAUGGAUGCCGACAAUUUUUACUUACACAGGUGUGGAAUGAUUUUGUGUCACGUUUGUCUAAUAAUAUAAGAGAAUAUCACUACAGACAGCGCUGGUGGUGAUAGCGUUGGUACUGGUCAGAUGCACUAACA